UACAUAAUAACUGAGGCCAGGUCCUUAGUUUAUACUUUAAACCCGGGAGUUCUGGGCAGCGUCUUCGGCAGAAAGAGGCAUUUUUUGUUUCUUCUCUAAACCUUAAGGGGGCUUUCUAGCUUUUGGUCAGCCUGAAGUUUCUGGAAAACAUCUGAAUCAUUUUAUAACCAACCCCAGCUGCUGCGCCUGUGUGUGUGUGUGUGUGUGUGCGUGUGUGUGAGGGUGGUGUGUGUGUGUGUCUGUUUUUCCGUGAGGAAGAGGGAAAGAGGGAAGAGAGUAUCUGUUUGCCCCGCUCUCCAGAAAGGAAAGAGGGGGGAAAAACUGGACAUCCUUUUUCGCCUCAUUUUUUUUUAGGAAUGAACGCCGAGACGUGCGUCUCAUACUGCGAUAUGACAUCCAUGGAUUCAUAUUAUAGCCCGUCUGCGCCGCAAGUUAGGGAUCACCAGGCGAACCCGUUUAGGACAUUCCAAGCGAGUGACACCAAAUACAGCCCCACUUUCCUAACCAACAAAGGACAGGCUUAUGGGGAAAAGUCGCGAAGCCCGUUCCAGCAGGAUUGCCAGUCAUUGGAUGCCACAGUGGCGGAAGGCACCUUUAACAAAUACCACCUCUUCGUGCAGAGAUCGUCCUGUAAAACGCCUCCCGAAGGAAGCAAACUCCACCAGGAAAGCGGACACAACGGAGCGCUCAUCUCCUGCUAUGCCAAAGACAGCCCGGGGCUGACGGACUCUGAGCUCGCCCCCACCGCAGACCCUGCCGGGAUGGACGGGUCCUACCUGGGCCUGAAGGAGGCCGGGGGGGCGAAGGCCCCCCAGGAGAGGCCGGGCCCCGAGCUGACCGGCCCGCUGGACAAGGGCGAGGGCGAGAGCAACAAGGGCAAGAAGCGGCGAAACCGCACCACCUUUACCAGCUACCAGCUGGAGGAGCUGGAGAAGGUGUUCCAGAAGACGCACUACCCCGACGUCUACGCCCGCGAGCAGCUGGCGCUGCGCACCGACCUGACGGAGGCCCGCGUGCAGGUUUGGUUCCAGAACCGCCGGGCCAAAUGGAGGAAGAGGGAGCGUUUCGGGCAGAUGCAGCAGGUCCGCACGCACUUCUCCUCCGCCUACGAGCUGCCGCUCCUGUCCCGGCCAGAGAACUACGCACAGAUCCAGAACCCGUCCUGGAUUGGGAGCCCCAACACGUCGUCCCCCGUCCCCGGCUACAUGGUGCCCUGCGACACCGUGACCUCCUGCAUGACCUCGCACCCCCACGGGGGCGCCGGCGGGGUGCCCGACUUCCUGGGCGUGUCCAGCCCCGAGGGUCACAUGGGCGGCCUGUUCGGCGGCCCCGGCAUGGGGGGCGGCCUCAACGGCUACGACCUCAACAUGGACCCCGACCGCAAGUCCUCCAGCAUCGCCGCGCUCCGCAUGAAGGCCAAGGAGCACAGCGCCGCCAUCUCCUGGGCCACAUGAUGCCCCGGCUCCGCCCACUGACCCGCCCUCAACCCCCCCCCCCCCCCCAUCGUCCAAUCAGAGCCCACCGUCAGACCCAGCGAGGAAGAGGAGAGCCAGACGAGAUUGCGGGUGUAAUUACGACAACUAUCGCCAACAAAUCACGUCGGGAACCACAGACGGACUGACAGAGCAGACCUGGGGAGAUGAGAGAAAGAGGAGUGUUGUGUAAAUUUUAAAAAACGUUUUUCUUUUUUUUUUGAUUGAGCAAAAUCUGCACCUUGGACUUCUUUGCCAGCCCACGCGUUUCACUCCUUUUGCGUCUUCCCUCCUGUCAACAAUCGAGAGAGCUGAAUGUGUCACCGUCCACUGGACUUGCCCAAAAAAAAAAAAAAGCAAAAAUAAAUCAACCAAUCAAAACGAUCCAUCCUGAAGUACCUCGCAUCGCAGCUGUUCCAAGACGUUUCAUUUGGUUUCCGUUGGAUAAGAGUAAAAACAAACUGAGCACAUAGUAGUGGUUCACUCCAGAGUGCUGUUUGGACUGUGCGCUCUGCAAAUAAUCUCUCCAUAAAAAGUCAUUUUGAUUUCCUAUUCAA